GCUGAGUUGUAGGUAAGAUCACAGUUGAGUUUUAGCAGCAGUCUAAACAACAACCAUGAAAUUCCUGAUUGCUUUCGCAGCCAUUUUGGCUGUUUCCGCUGCUGUUUACGUAGCUCCAGCUUAUCAUGGAGUAGCUGCCUAUGGUGCCUAUGCCCCAGCUGCCUACCAUGGAGCUUACGCCACCCCAUACGCUGGUAUCUACGGUGCUCAUCAUCUGUAUAAACGUGGAAUCUACGCUGCUCCAGUUGCUGCCUACCAUGGUGCUUAUGCCCAUGCUGGAUAUGCUCACCAUGCUUAUGCUACACCAUACGCUGGAGUCUAUGGUGCUCACCAUCUUUACAAACGUGGAGUGAUCGCCGCCCCAAUCGCCUAUGGUGCUUAUGCUCAUGGUGCCUAUGCCCAUCAUGGUUAUGCUCACUCCGCCUAUGCUACCCCAUACGCCUUUGGUGCCCACCAUUUGUACAAGCGUCAGAUCAAUGGCCCGCCCUUGAUAUCUUCUUUAUUUGGAGGUAGACUAGGCUAUUAGUUACCUCUUGAACCGUUAAUGUAAAUAAAAUAAUUAUGAAUAAAUAUUAAUAAAAUUUACAAA